AUGAUGCCGGAUCCGGAUCUGAUUCACUACGCCUGCAUUGCCAAUGGCACAACCGUGUUGGCGGAGUUCAAUUCCAAAGACGCCGCGCUCGGCGAGAUCGCCUCCAAGUGCCUCGACCACACGCCGCGGUUCCACUCCCGAUUCACCCAUACCGUCCGUUCAAGGACCUACGCGUUUCUCAUCGACGGCGAUUUCGCCUACUUCGCAAUCUUCGACGUGAGGUUGGAGAAGCCCGAUGGUUUCGCUUUUUUGACGAGCGUCCGGCGCGCCUUUGCUAUGGUUUACAAAGGCCAAAAUGACCUUCGAAACCUGAGCUCGCAUUGCUAUCAGGGCGAAUUGAGUCCGGUUUUCCGGAAAUUGGUCGGAUCAUGUUUGGAUCACGGGAAGGGAAUGGGCUCCCCGACAGAAUCACGGUUGAGCCACAGUGGGGGUUUUCAGCCCGUGCCAAGCCCGAUCAGAGGGCGGCCCAAGCCUCUCGGGGAGAACGGGCUGAAGAAGACGAAGAACAGGUCUUUGGUUUGGGAGACGAAAGAGAAUGAAGAGGACAUUGGAAAUGGCCGGAAUACCCAAAAAAACGGGGGUUUGUACUCUGGCGAAAUAUCCAGCCACCAAAAGGCUAAAAAAGUCUGGAAAAAGCAGGUUUGGGUCGUGUUGUCCCUUGAUUUGGUCAUUUGUGUGGUUUUGUUUGGUGUAUGGCUGUGGGUUUGCAGUGGAUUCAAGUGCAUUGAUUAG